AACACGAAGACUACUGACCUACAAGUUGGACACCGGAUGUUUUGAGAACAGCACUUUGAGGUGGACAGUAGCUACUGUGAAGACUUUGAGGAUGAACACCAGUCUAACGCGCUGGAAGGAGGCGGCUACUCUCAUUUUAGCCGCAGGCCGCCAGCUCGUUGCGGGCAGUCAGUCGUCAGGUUCACUGCAGAAAGCCGCUUCAGCUUCCCCGCUGGCUGACAGCGGCUGCGCGGUGUCACACCUGCUGCACUCCUCCUUUGAUUAUGAGGUGUUGUUGCUCAAACGCAGCGGGAAAAGCCGAUUUAUGCCCAGUGCCUAUGUGUUUCCCGGGGGUGUGGUGGACGCCUCGGACUUUUCCAGUGAGUGGCUGGACAUUUUCUCGUCUUUCAAGAACGUUUCAGACUUUGGCUUGAGAAGUAUCGAACAAGCGCCGGACAGCAGACCUCCCAUCUUCGCCACAAACCGAAUGAAACUGGGCUCUCCUAUCCCUGGAGAGGUCGCCUUCAGGAUCUGCGCCCUGAGGGAGACGUUUGAGGAGAGCGGUGUGCUGCUGGUUCUGUCUAAAAUGGAAGAGGAAAGUUUGUUGGAAAGUUUAAAGGACAGACGUUACAACGACCAAGCGCUUCCCUGUCAAACAAACGUGCUGAGCAGUAGUGAACUCACUAAGUGGAGAGCUCUGGUGAACCAGAACCCCUCCAAUUUCAUCCGGAUGUGCAGAGAGCUGGAGGUGCUGCCCAACAUCUGGGCUUUACAUGAAUGGAGCAACUGGCUGACCCCAGCGGGCAAGUACGGUGGUACGAGGUUUGACACAGCCUUCUUCAUCUGCUGCCUGCAGGAGGCCCCGCACACUCUGCAGGACCAGAGGGAAAUCGUCCAUUAUCAGUGGUCCACACCAUCAGAGGUCCUGCAGAGCUCCCAGGCACAGGAGUUGUGGAUCCCGCCGCCACAGUUCUAUGAGUUUAGCCGCCUGUGUCGUUUCCCUCUCCUUAGUGACCUUCAUGUCUUUGCCAGCCAGCGUGCCAUAAAGGGCUGCGAGCACUGGCUGCCUGUAGUUUUCUUAAAAGAUGACCACUACAUCUCACUGCUUCCAGGUGACAAGCUGUACCCAUUGGACGGCUCGGAGGACAUUCAGGUGGAUACAGGCACAGACUCACAGCUGGACAAGCCGGAGGAAGAACCUGCACUACACCGCAUUUUGGUCAUGAGUUCAAAUAGUUUAGCGCUUCAGAUCACCAUCCAGCCUAAAUACGACCACGUGCUUCCAGUUAUCAUGCCACCCUUGUCACAUGACCCUCAAAGUCGGCUUUGACUUUGACUUAAACUCCUCUGUGCAAAAUAUAUGUAUGUAAUAUAUAUAUAAAAAAACUUGAAAUAACACAAAUGAAAUAUUAAAUAUUUUAUUGUGAUACACUAUAUGGACAAAGGUAUUUGGACACCCUACAUUAGACCAACAGAGACUAUAAGGACGUAAUCAAAUGCACAUACUUUUAUGAUGUUGAAUGAGAAGGUCUGGCUCACAAUCUCUGUUCCAGUUCAUCCCAAAAGGUUUUCUACACCAAACUUAUCAAACCAUGUGUUUAUAGUCCUUGCUUUAUGCACUGGGGCACAAUCAUGUUGGAAAAGAGAAGGGCCUUCCUUAAACUGUUAGAAGCAUAGCCUUGUCCAAAAUGUCUUGGUAUGUUGAUUGUCCUUCAUUGGAGAUGAGGGGUCUAGCCCAAAGCCUGAUUCAAACACCUGAAUUUCAUACUUAACAGGUGUAGCCAAAUACAUUUGUCCAUAAAGUGUACGUUGAAAUCACAGCAGCAUCCACAUUGAUGUUUUAGAUUACCGGACUGAAGAUCAGAUUUUUUUUUAUUUUUUUUUGUCUACAGCACUCAGAAAUGUGACUGCCAAUUCUGAUGUUCCAAGAGUCUGUGACACUGUCCUGAAUCUUGAGUUUCAUUAAUAGUCUAAUGUAUCCGUUAUGUGGCCAUGCAACAUUAAAAAAACAAAUAAAGAUAAAAAAAGUCAUUAGAAUCCAUGUGGCUUUUUGCCUGUAUGCUUGUGCUGAGCAUUGUUUUGUCUUCACCUGGCAGCGUGCACAUAUUUUGCAUUGGCAUCAUCCACCUGCUUUUCAGGAAGUGCUGUAAAAUGAAACGGCGGAUGGUUGUGCUGCUUUGGUUUCUGAAUUUGGGAUCAAUAAAUGUGCAUCUAACUAUCCAGCCUCAGUACAGAGUUGUCUCACUCGUGUGAUGUUUUCUGCUAUUGCAGACGACAUGUGCAAUAAGCUGAAUAUAGCAAAUUGUGUAGUAGAAGAAUCAUUUCAGAAAACCUAUAUUAUUAGUUGCAUUUUAAACUCUUUUGUCCUUACAAGGAUGUUCUAAGAAUAAUGACUCUGGAGAGAUGGCCACAUUGUCUGGAUACUUGUGCUUUUGUGCCUUAUUGUGUUUGGUUUUAGGGUUUACUUAUUUUUGAUUUGGUUCACUUGGGUCCUAUGGUGUUAACUGUUGGGUUUUAUUUAUAGAAAGAAAUGUAAGAAUUCAAUCAGGAUUUGUAGUAAUGUGCAUUUUGUCAAAGCUGUUAACAACUUUUACAAACAAAUGCUGCCACUGCCCACCGGCCUCCUUUGUGAAACGUUAACAUGGCAAUAAAUAUGAAAUUUCUUCUUUAUAUAUUGUUUUUCUCAACACUAUGGAGAAAAUGAUGUACUCUUAUUUUUAAUUCAGCUUGUAAUCAUUGUAUUACAAGGUUGUUACCAAACAUAUCGUGUGGGAGAUAAGCGUGACGACACCUGCAGCUAGCAGCUGAUGUGUUAAAUGUGGUCCAUUUCACGCCGCAUGUUCCUCUGCGGGGUUUCAACCCUUUCUCCUUAGGGUGUCAUCCCUGCUUACAGCUGUGACUGUGGCAAAUUAAUACCUCAUGAGAGAUAGUUGUAUCCUGUCUUCUCUUUACAGAGUUUAUUUAACACAUUUAUCAUUAAAAUUUAAAUAUUUUA